AGGUCACAGGUUGGAGGUGGAGUUACCGCCUUACAUCAGGAAAUCUUUUGUACCUGAUGCAGUUGUAUGUUGUGCUGUGUAGUUUAGUUAACGAUGUAAACAGAAGUAGUUAGACGCACUGAAACUAGCUAAUGUUAGUUACUAACGUUUGCUAACCAUGAUAGAAACUUUAAUAAUCUUCUUACUUCACGUAGCCUUAGCUAUAAGCCAAACUAAAUUGAUGUAACGUUAGCGUUAGUUAUUUAAUUUCAACUCACGCAACUUAACUGGCGUCGUUGCUGCUCUGUUUGGUUAUGGUUAGCUAACGGUAGUAACGUCAGUGCUGUCACAGAGGUUGCUAGGUUAGUCAGCUUAGUGGGUAACUCACUUGAGGCAAGUUAAAAGUGUCCACAGAGCCAGUACGCUGUAGCUAAGUUAUUUACAAGACUUGAUAAACACUGACGGUAUCACUUCCAACCAGAUGGAGGCUUCUCUAGGAUCUCUGCAGAAUCCUGAUCUAAGCUCUGUCCUGUCAUCAUGUGAGCCAGAGCUUCAGGAGCUGAUGAGACAGAUUGACAUUAUGAUCAAUCAUCAGAAGAGGGAGUGGGAGGCUGAGAUUCGGGCCAUGGAGCUCAGGCUGAAAAGUGGGGAAGAGGAGCUGUUGACUUCCAGGAAUCUUAUUGAACGGAGGGACCUGGAGAUCAGAUUGCUUCGCAAGCAGCUGGAAGAAGUCCAGCCUGGUCGACAAGAGUUAAUUACAAAGUACGAGCAACAACUGCAGAAAGUCCGGGAAGAGUUAGAUAAAUUAAAGAGAGGUUAUCACAAGCUUCAGUGCAAACAGCUCAAGGAGACCAGUGGAGGAGCAAAUACUAAAGAGACAGACCGUUCAGAGGUGACCCGACUCAAUGAAAAGAUUGAGGAAAAUCACCAGCGCUUUGUAGAGUGGGAGCAGCAGUGCAUCCAGUACCAAAAACAACUGACAGCGCUGGAGGCCCAAAAUAAGAGCCUGACUGAUGAGCUCACACACAUGAAAUCCCAGUGGGCAUUGUUGCAAAAGGAGAGGGAGCACAGGGAGUGCUGCUUAGAGGUGCAGCAUCUGUGCACUCAGCUGGAGAAGGCUCAGGGCAGCCUGCACUCACAGGAGCUUGAACUGGAACGCCUCCGACCCCUCGAGAUGUGCCUGGGACAGUACCAGAGAGAGCAGCAGGUCCUUUCAGAGGAAAGGGAGGAACUCCACGCCACGCUGGAGUCCCAGGAUACAUUUGUGCGAAGAACCAGUCUUGAACGCCAGAGGCUUCGCAAUGAGGCUGCCAGACUCAAUCAAGUACUGCAAGCUAAAGAUCAAGUCAUCCGCUCUCUGGAGGACUGUCUGGCAGCUCAGGGCUGUGCUGGUGUGGAAACCCUCAGACAAGAUCUGGAGAAGACUGCAACCAAGCUUCACUGUGCCCAAGCAUGUGAGGUUCAUCUCAAGGCUGAACUGGCAUGUCUCAAAGAGAGACUGGAGAGGGUGAGCCGACAGAGAACUGACCAAUCGAAGAUGGAGGAACUGAGGAGCAUUAAAGCAGAAUAUGAUUCCUCUGUUGCUGAAAUGAAAAAGCUCAGAGAAGAGCUCCAAAGGGCCAAGCAGACUCACAGUGGUGAGGUGGAGGGCAUGAGGAAGGAGGUGUCAAAGCUGACCACUGAGCUGCACCAACGUGACAUCACCAUGGCCACGCUGAACGGCUCUUUAUCCAGCAUCACGCAGCAGCUUCGUGGUGAGGCGGGGCGAGCAGAACAGAAUGCAGCUGAGCUUAAAAUGACUCAGGCACAGCUGGAGACUCUACAAACUGAGAACCAUCAUUUGAAGGGUCGGCUGCAGAGGCUGGAGUCUCAGUCACCUAAGGGGGGGGAUUCCUCACUUGCAUCCCUGAGGGAGAGUUAUGUGUCGUCUCUGAGCAGCCUGGAACAAGAGAAUCGGCAGCUAAGGCAGGCACUUGCUGGGACGCACGCUCGACCUGAGGUCUCCAACCGGACCUGUCAAGACAAAUAUGAACAAGCUCUGCUCAGCCACGCCAUUACUGACCAACCACAGCCUGCUCAGGACAGCAAUGAAGAUACCAGACAUCACAAACACAGGGAGGAGGCGCAGGCAACGAAAGCUAAGCUGCAGGAGAACGCCACUCAGUACGAAGGGGAGAUCCAUAGGCUCUUCAAACAGCUGCACACCCUGUCCCAUUCCUCCGGAGAGCACCCCUGUAGCCAGGCCCAAGACAGCAGGUCUCAUUCAUCAGCAUCCUCCUCCUCCUGCGAUAGCACAAGACUCACCAGGAGAAACUCAGUGCCAUCCACAAGUUCAAAUGAAUCCGCUGCUGAGGGACAAAGCUCCAGCUCCAAAGACUCUCUGACCUUAGUACCCAGAGAAAAAAUCAUACCCUCUCCCUCUCUAAUGGAGCCUCUGCCAGUGUCAUCUGCAGGCAGCAUGGUCUCUCGUUUCCUGGAGGAAGAACGGUUACGGUCCGCGGAGCUGCUCCAGAGACUGGACACCCACAUCCAGGGUUUGAGCGAUCACAACGUCAAGACAGUGUCCAAGUACCUGCCAAGUGGCUCAGGGAUCGAGCCUGCCCAGACUUCAGUACAGAAUGGUCAGUGACUGAGUAAAGUGGAAUAAAUGUGGAAAAAGAUGCCUUGAACAGCAGUGCCGAAGACCACUUUCUUGUACUUUAUUAGCUUGUACACAGUGGAGAAUGACAUUUGUGGGGUGUGUGCCUUACUAAAUGUAAGAGACAUCUAUCCUUAUUUUUUUAAUAUAGUUUGCACAUUUAAGCGCAGAGCUUUGAGUUCACCCAAGUGUUUCAUAAGAACUAUCAAAAGGAGCGAUUUGUAAUUCAAAAAUUCCAGGAGUUCUCAACAUGUACAGUGCACGGAAGCGUUACCAAGCCCACUCCAUCCCCACAGUGAAGGACAAGUUGUAUGAGGUUACACAUAUGACAUAGUAUUAGUCUUGCGUAGCUGAUUAGCUCAGAUUGUUGCCUGUGAUUUUUUUUUUUUCUCAUUCUGUUUCUCGUGUAUAUUUUAACUGUGUGGAAGCAGAAGCUCAAACAAAGUGUUUCAGCUUUUAUAUUUCCACUAGAGGUACAUUUUUGUCCCGUCUCAUCGAGCUUAUCUUAAAAAAACAAGUGCUGACAAAGACUGACUGACUGAUUAAAUGGCUUGCAUCACCUCGUGUCUUGUGUUAAAAGCUGCAUGUGAACACACCGCAAAGACUACAGCUGACAUGCAUACUGUACUACCAUUUUACACCACUGUGAGUCUGUUUAAAACAGUCUCAUCAUAGGGAGAAUAUGUUGAAAAUACGUAUGGCUGAUAAAAAGUUGCAACUCGCACUGUAAAGUUUUGCACUGGCAUUGUUAGCUUUAGGGCUGCAACUAACGAUUAUUACCAGACAAGAUAAAGCAGCAGAUCCUCACAGUUGAGAAACUGGAACCAUCUAAUGUUUAGUAUUUUUGCUUGAAAAAUAACUGAUGAUGAUUAAUCAUGACCAUUAUCAAAAUAGUAGAAAAGAACAGACUGCACUAAAUCUGUGAAUUAGGUCUCACAGACUGCCUCCACCACCAAUUCAACACGCUCAGCUGGGUGAACGCCAAACACACCGCCUUAACUGUGAGUAAUGGUGGUCGGCAACUGAAACUCAAUGGCCAGUGGUUCUUUUUUUUUUUUUUUGUCAGGGCGCUAACAUCUAUUGACUGCUCAUAAGAGUUCAUCCAAAUUGUUUGCCAAUUGUUUCAGAAAGUGAUCACCAUAUCUGAAGUAACGAUACCUUUAUGCCUAAGAUGUUUUAUGCUGUGUUUUCCGGCUGGGAAAAUACAGAAAUCUGCUUAAUUAGUGGUAGAUGGUUUCUAAUUAAGCUAACAUUAUCACUAACCCAUGUUGUCUCUGCAAGUAAAGGUUUUAUUAUCAGACCAUGGUGGAAAUGUGCCUCAGUAGUGCUUUUAAUAGAUUGAAAUGGCCUUAAGAAAUUGUUGACCAUUCAUAGUGUAUUCUGCCUAGCAGUCAUAUUUGUGUGACCUCACAUAACUGGCUUUUGGUUGCUGAAUUCCAACUGAGUUACUUGUUGGAAUUCUGACAUUAAGUGGAGCUCCUUUGCACUUUUCCUCGUAGGACGCUGCACAUUCCAAUUUUUCAAGUUGCCUGGAAUGCAGCAUUAAUACGAGCUUUGCAUUUACAUCCAGAGAAAAGAAUGUUGCUGUGAGCCAGAGGAGAGUCCAUCCUCCCUGCACGUCUGUCAUAACUGGGAAAAUACCACAUAUGUACAUGUCUGUCCAGACAUCGUAGACAGUAGGGGGAGAGAGGAGGCAGCUUAUACUGCCCCCCCACCACCACCCACCCUGCAGAGGCCCUCUGGCUAGUCAAAUGCAGGAAUGUGUGCACCAUGCCAAUGCCUUCGCCUGCGGCCUACUUUGUCCUCAUCAUUAGAAAGCUGAUGGAAUGUUAAUAUCAACCAUGUGGGGCACUCAACCUCAAAAACACUGAAAAGCCAGUGGGGAAUAGUUAUAUUUUACAACUUUCCUAAUGAAGGACACAUUGAUAGAAUGGAAAUAAAGUGGAGAAAUCUCAAGAAA